CUGGAUCGCAGAGUCAGGUCGAAGCGCUCAACACAAAAUGUAAAAAAAUAAAAGUAGCUAGCUGUGUAGCUACAUGCUAGGUGUCUGAGGUAGCGAGCUACGUGUUAGCAGCUAACUUUAGCAUUGUUGUUACUAUGCGGCAGUGGCAGAAGUUACAGUUAGAUUCGGCGUCUGAGUUUGUUUUGAUAUGCUAACCACAUGUUUAAACGCCGUCCAACAUUAAAACAACGAAGCGCAUUUUAGCAAAAGGGGAGCCAUGGACAAUUCAGGCAGGCCUUACAGGACGAUGCAAGGAAGCUGGGAGAGGGAACCUGCGGCAGCAGACAAGGCAGAACACUGGAGAACGCACGAUCAGGUUAGGGGACAGAACUCGAGAUCCGACGGAGGUCAGCAGGGGAAACGGAACCAGGGUGGGCCCUACAAAGCCAGCCCCAAGAGGGGAGGACUGGGACCCCUGAGCCACUCACCUGGUGGGUUCAAAGGUGGUCAAAGUCCAUCCCAGAGAGAUGACUUCCAGUUGUUCUCAAGUCCUGAGAGCAGUGGUUUGAGUCGUGAGGAUAACUGGAGAGUGCGCGCACAGCAGCAGCAGCAGUGGAGGAGAAAUACUCAGGGAGAGGGGUCAACAGAGGACACGAGGAGAGGAGAGGAUGACUUUACUCAUAAAUCUGGAAGAAGACACAGAAACAGGAAAAAAAAGAACCCUUUUGCAGAAGAGGACAGGGGCCUUGCAUCUGAAGAGUCCUCACUCUCAGUUCAAGAGCUGCAAAGUCUACGGCAAGCCGAAAAGAGACUUAAAAAAGACGAGAUCUACUACCUGAAGAAGAAACCCCACGGCCACCCUGGUGCGUUUUACACYUGCGCUCUGUGUGACGUUCUCCUAGAUUCUAUACCUCACGCCUACAAGCAUAUCAGAGACAAACGGCACAAGAAAAAGGCCCGGGAGAAACAGGAGCAGCUGAUGCUGACUGAGAUCCUGCCUCCUGGUCCUGAGCAUAUCAGCGCUGUGAGUGCAGCACUGGACGUCGUCGUCCAGCAGCAUGGGAUGAACGACCAGGACGUCCAAAAGAGGCAGGAAGUUGUCUCCGUCAUGCAAGACCUCCUCCUCUCUGUCCUGCCAGAGAUAAAACUCAGACUGUAUGGAUCAUCUUCUACUAGAUUUGGAUUUAAGGAUUCUGAUGUCAACAUAGACAUUCAGUAUCCACCUCAUAUGCAUCAGCCAGAUGUCCUGUUGUUGGUGAAGGACUGCCUCUCUCUGAGCUCCCUAUUUGUGGACGUGGAAGCUGAUUUCCAUGCCAGGGUGCCGGUGGUCAUCUGUAAAGACAAAGACAGUGGCCUGAUUUGCAAAAUGAGUGCAGGCAAUGAAAGCGCCUUUCAGACCACCUCCUACCUGGCUGAUCUUGCCAGUAGAGAGCGUCUCCUCCACCCUCUGGUCGUGGGAUUCAGACAUUGGGCUCGGAUCUGUGAGAUCGACCGUCCAGAAGAAGGAGGGCUGCCUCCAUAUGUCUUCGCCCUCAUGGUUAUCUACUUCUUACAGAAGCGCAGAGAGCCUCUUUUACCUACCUACCUAAACCAGAAGAUGAAGGUGUUUUCACUCAGCAAGCUAUCAGACUUCAAUCUCACACAUACCGAGGAGGGAUAUUUACACUGGUCCUACACCCCUUCCUCCAAGGAGUCCUCACAGCCAGCAGAGGGCGCCUGUAUAAAGGGAAAGGUCCCUCUGGUGUUCCCAAAUCCUCAUCCAGAUGUAGAAGUCGGGUUCCUCUGGAUUGAAAUGCUUCGUUUUUACUUCCUGGCAUUCAUCAUAGCAGACAACGUCAUCAGUGUGCGGACCGGCGCCRUCCUCUCUCGAGAGAUGAAAGACUGGCCAAAGAAACGAAUCGCCGUUGAGGACCCGUUUGCUGUGAAGAGAAACGUGGCCCGCACGGURAACAGCCAGCAGAUGUACGACUACAUCGUCCACUGCCUUAAAAGCACAUAUAAGUACUUUGCACUUCCACUCAGCGCCAACGCUGUUAACCACAAGAGAGAGGSCAAGCAGGGCCACGACCAAGGAGGCAACCCCAAAGUCGUUCCAUGUUUGUCGGGCUUCAGUCAGCACUCCCUCCAGUCAUGGCAAACAAGUCCCGGUCACACCGCAGAGAAUGAUCCUGAGGACUCUGACUGCAUCAUUGAGGAAGAGGAGGAAGUCGAGGGAUGCAGCGACUCGGACGAAGACAAGGAGAAGGAAAAAGUGGACCCGGGCAAAGGCAGUCUCUCCGAGGAUGAGGAUGAAGACGAGCAGGAUGAGGAUGUGGACACUGAUAAUAACGCACACGACAGACAGCACCUGGACAGCUUUACCACAGAGGAGGAGGAAAUUUUCCAAGUCGAUGAGAUUUCAGGGGAGGACCUCCUGUCUGACGAGGAAGCUCCAGAUUUGGACACGCCUGGUUCGUUAGAUGAGGAUGAGGAGGARGAAGAAGAGGUGGACCUGGCACCUGACAGGCUUUCACCCAAACCUUCAGAAGAUCAAACUGAAGGUGAAAGUGUGGAARAGAAAACCCCAAACCAAACCCAACAGUCUUAUGAGUUCACCAGACAGGCCUUCACAAGAGGAAAGUCACACAUGGUCGUGUGCAGCUUAUGCAAGCGUGACGGACAUCUGAAGAAAGACUGUCCUGAAGAUUUUAAGAAGGUGGAGCUGGAGCCGCUGCCACCGAUGACACCAGAUUUUCUCAGGAUUCUUAACAAAGUCUGUGAGCAAUGCUACAAUGACUUUGCCCCAGAUAACCUGGAAGUGGGAGUCAGGGAACACAUCCUUAAAGAUCUGGAGAACUUUGUCAAACGGCAGUUUCCUGCGGCUCGGCUGAAACUAUUUGGCUCGUCGAAAAAUGGCUUCGGCUUCAGACAGAGCGACCUGGACAUCUGCAUGAUCUUGGAGGGACAGGAAACUUUAAGUGAUUAUGAAUGCAUCACUAUCAUUAAAAGCCUGGCAAGGAUGCUAAAAAAACAUUCAGGUCUGAAGAACAUCCUGCCCAUUACUACAGCUAAAGUCCCCAUCGUUAAGUUUUACCACAAUCUGACCGGCUUGGAGGGAGACAUCAGCCUCUACAAUACACUGGCUCUGCACAACACUAACCUGCUCGCCUCAUAUGCUGCCAUCGACCAAAGAGUGAAGAUUCUCUGUUACGUUAUGAAGGUUUUUGCGAAGAUGUGCGACAUCGGGGAUGCAUCUCGUGGCAGCCUCUCAUCCUACGCUUACACACUCAUGGUGCUGUUCUUCCUUCAGCAGAGGARCCCGCCAGUCAUACCUGUGCUGCAAGAGAUUUAUGCUGGAGAGAAGAAGCCUCAAGUACUGGUUGAUGGCUGGAACGUGUACUUCUUUGGUGAUUUAAAAGCACUACCCAGCCACUGGCCCCAGUAUGGAACGAACACUGAGGCGGUGGGGGAGCUGUGGCUCGGCCUUCUCCGCUUCUACACUGAAGACUUCGACUUCAAAGAACACGUCGUGUGCAUCCGACAGCACGCCCGCCUCACCACCUUCAACAAACAGUGGACCUCCAAAUACAUCGUCAUCGAAGAUCCGUUCGACCUGAAUCAUAAUUUGGGUGCUGGUCUGUCCAGAAAAAUGACUAACUUCAUCAUGAAAGCUUUCAUCAACGGAAGAAGAGUCUUUGGCACAGCCAUGAAGGCUUUCCCUGCCGUGUAUACCAGUGAAAUGGAGUACUUUUUCGAUCCUGAAAUUCUCACAGAAGGAGAAGUGGCUCCCAACGAUCGCUGCUGCCGCAUCUGUGGCAAGAUCGGCCACUUCAUGAAGGACUGCCCUAUGCGUAGGAAGCCCAAGCACAGAAGGGACUCGGACAAUAUGCUAGAGCAAUCGCAGGACAAAAUGGACUCGUYGGAGGAGGCGAAGGAUCAGGUCAGGCAUAGGAAUGAACACUGGAAAAAAAGAGAUGCACUGGAGAUUCGCUGCUGCUUCCUGUGUGGCUCAAGUUCCCACAUCAAGAAGGACUGCCAACUUUAUAGAGGCCCUGCAGCCUACAUAAAGAAUAUGAGAGAAAAGGAAAAACAGGGCUUAUCCAUGCAAGACGAGAAGACUAGGAAAAGGCAACAAACUGUAAUCCUGGGUCCGCAAGCAGGUAGUUUAGCCUGUCGAAACAUGAACYGGACUGGUCACAAGAAGAACCCAGUGGAAUGAGAAGCUCCAGACCACAAAAUAAUUCUACUGUUGUCCACGCAGACUGCAUCCCAAAGCCCAACAACAACAACAACAAAAUAAAAAUAAAAACUUAAAUCUGAGUAGUACUGUUAGGCCAGAUGGAGCCCRUUAAAGCCAAAGCCUGGACACCGUGACUUGAAGCCAAAUAGGGCCUUUUAUGUGUGUCUGUCCUCACUCCCACCCUGCAGUCCUCUUCACCUUUUAUUUUACAAAGACAAGCCAUUAUUCAUACGUCCAAGGUCUUAGUUUACACACUCUGCAAGUCAGUUUAUUGUUUUUUUAUUCAUUACUUUGCAGUCCAAUUCGGAAAUUUCUUAAAAUGACUAAAUUUAGGACAAAAAAACCUAAGUGUCAGAGGAUAGAUAGCUUGAAUCAUAAUAGUUAGGUAUGUUUUUAAGAUUGUCUUCUACGUUUAUUUUAAAUAUGUUGCAAACACUUUGACAUAAUUGGAGUAGAAGAAAAUAAACGGCGAGGGAAAGGUAGGUUCUUCUAUUUUCAUGAAGCCCUUUAAACAUCAAAUUAUCACUCAGUUCUUAUUUUUUCCUUCCAAAAGAUCAUUGUGGUAAGUGGAUUUACCAAAAAAYAUAUAAUGAAGGUUUUGAUGGUAGUUGCCUUUUGUUGUGGCUACGAUCUGUUUUAGUGCGCUUAUAUUUUAAAUGUCUGAUUUCUCCACAGCACUGGUGUCUGAGUCAGUCUCCACUUCAUCCUUGAARUUGGUGCUGUUUAGCGGAGAAAACACCAUGUUUUUUCCCCUUAUUUUUKAAAUUAAAGAUCAAAAAUUUACUUUGAGGCAUGUCCAAUCGCUGUUUGAUUCUCACCCAGCUGUUUCAGUUUUACUUUUUAAAUUKUUUUUUCUUUGAAAAUCUGUCUACUGGUCUAGCUGCUGGCAUACAAUGCUGCAAAGCAUUUCUAAACUUGUAAAUCUUGUAAUUUUAUUGUAAUGAUGACAGAGUUUGGUAGCUGCACUGUAAGGGUCCACACCUUAAAUUAUGUUGCUGCUUGUUGAGUCUCAGAUACCCCUGUUUUUAUUUCACUUUUAAGAUCAGACCCACUGCCUCUGUUGUUUUGCUGGUAUUACAAAAUUUUUUAUAUAURAAAAAAUCCCCACAAAAAACACCUGUUCGUAGUAUUGUGAUUAUGUUUCUUUAAAAGUGGCUUUAAUUUCUGGCCUUAUUUGUUUAGAUGGACUUGUGAAAGCUUUCAUAUAUUAGGAAACCCAUGAUCAUGCCAAAAAAAAAAAAAAAAAAAAAAAGCUGACUCGCAAUCCAUUUUGUCUCAAAAAA